GCUUCAAUGACGCUGGGUGCCGGGCUGCGUGGGCGAGCAGUGAGGUUGCUGAGGCCCGGCUGGCGAGCAUGCCAGAGUGAGGCUCGGCAUGUCUUGCCUGCCUCGGCCAUGGCUGCAGGCUUAGCGUGCUUGGCUCUGUCUGUGAACCCACGACGUGUCACAGGCAUGGCUGUGAGCCAAGAUGAGCUCAAGAAGCAGGUGGGCUACAAAGCGGUGGACGACUAUGUGAAAAGUGGCAUGGUCAUUGGCUUGGGUACCGGCUCCACGGCGUACUUUGCGGUGGAGCGUGUGGGAGAAAAGCUCCGGUCCGGCGAGUUGAAGGACAUCGUGGCGGUUCCGACCUCCAAGCGGACCCAAGAACAAGCGGAGAAGCUAGGUAUCAAGCUGGCCACGCUGGAUACACAGCCCAAACUGGAUGUGGCCAUUGAUGGUGCUGAUUCCGUCGACUCUUCCUUGAACCUGGUGAAGGGCGGAGGUGGUGCUCACUUCCGCGAGAAGAUCGUCGAGGCGCGGUGCGGGGCGAAAGAGGUGGAAGGCUGGGUGGAAGGUGCAGCCACCUUUGUGGAUGUGCGAGGAAGAGAGGCCUUCCACCAAGGCCAUUUGUUUGGCUCCUGGUCCUUGCAUUCCCUUCUCCACCGCGACGGGAACGCCGCCACGUCCACGUCCACGUCCACCGCGACCGGCUUGAAGUCUUUGUGCGACCUCCGGCGCGUGGUCAUCGUCGCUGAGGGCGAGCCGUUGAAGGAUGCCUCUGCCCUGAAGCUUCUGGGGCUGCUACGGCAGUUCGCUCGUCCUUCACAGUUGCUUCUACUGGAUGACCUCAGUCGCUUUCAGCAGCGCUUCCCCUUCUGCUUGCGCCAGGGCAGUGAUUCUUCACCGCUGCCGCCCUGCCCAACCGAACUCCUCGAGCCGGGCUGCGCCGCGCGGAGCGGGAGCGGCGCUGUCCGGGUGCCGGCCUUGUACGUGGGGCCGACGGCAUGUUUGGAGCCGAACUUGAAUGACGUUCUGAGAUCCUUCGAGAUUGGUGCCAUUUUCCAACUCGUAGAGGAGGAUGAAGCCUGUGAGGCGCGCCAUCUUCGGGCGCCCAAAGGGAUGAAGCUUCAUACCUUCGCCAUGGCCAACAGCGGCGACGAAGCCGAGGACGAGGACGCCAUGACGCCACAGGUGGCCAAAGUUGCUACGGCGUCCUUGGAGGCGGCGGAGCGGAUCGUGGCGCAGAAGGUGCCAUGCUUCGUGUGCGGCCCUUGGAGUGCGCUCGUGGCGGCGUUCGUGGUGAAGAAGAUGCUCAGUUCUUCCAGCGAGAUCAGGAGCAACGAGGAGCUGUGCAUCUUCUUGAAGGACCGUUCUCCAUCUCUCCGCCUCACUCGCUUCGCGCAGAGCGCGCUCAACUGGGCGCUGCCGGAGGAGCAUCCCGGGUCCAGUGGACUGGGACCCGCGCCGGUGUCCGCGCCGGCGGGCGCACGUGCACGGCAGCUGCGAGGGAAGUUGCGAAGGAGACUGAAGGAGGAGGAGGCGGAAGUGGUUUUGCGCACAGUCAAGGUGGUGCUGGAGAAGGUCUUGACUGCGCCUUCUGAGGAGCGCUUCCGACGCCUGAAAUCGAGCAACCCGCGCGUGUGCCGCGAGCUGUUGGGCUCUCCUGAGGCCCUGCAGCUGCUGAAGCUGGCCGGCUUUGGAUCGGACGAGGUGUCGGGUGAUUUGGUCUUGGCAAGCGCAGUGCCUUUGGGACCUCUACAAGAGGUGUUGCAAGCCUUGCGCGCGGGCGACUGA